AAAGACAAAGAAAAGAAAGGUUCAAAAAAAAAAAAAAUUGGAACACACACGCAAUGGAAUCAAGAAAUGUUCAAUCAUCAACAACAAUCUAAUAAUCGUCAUCAAAAUCAUGCGCUUGAAUUUGGGAAUUUCCCAACAACCCAGAAAAAAAAACAACGCUUGGUCCUCCUAUUUUGGAAUUCAGGUUCCAUCACAUAUGAAUUGAUGAAUAAAAGAAUUCAUUUUUGUUUGUUUGUUUGUGAUUCACCAAAACCAAUCCAUAUCAAUUUUGAUUUUGUUGUUCUCUUUCUUUUUUCUCUCUACUGUGAAUCUCUUAUAUACCCAUUUAAGGAUAUUAAAGUUCAUCCUACGCAAUGUUUUGAUUUUUUUUUUUUCAUUUCAUACGUUGUUGACCACGGAUAUGUUUGUAUUCGUGUUGAUUUAAUUUUUGAAAUCAAAUCAUUCCUCAUGUCCUCGGUUUUUUUGUUGUUGGUUCAUUGAAAUUUCAUCAAAAUUAUGAUGGCCGAUACUGAUCAAUUCGCAAAUGAAUCGAUUACUAAUGUUGAUAAAUUGAUUUCGAAUCAACAACAACAACAACAUUCCAAAAAUGUGAAAAAAAGUUAUGAAAAUCCAAAUUAUCGUAAACUUUAUGCAAAAUUAUCAAUGAAUACUAUGAUUGGUACGAAUGAAUCAUCAUCCAUUAAUAAUAAUCAUGAUGAUAAUGCAGAGAUGAAUCCAUUUAGUUUUGGUGAAGACGAAGAUGACGAUGAUGAUGAUUCACUUGCCAAUGAAGAAGAAGAAGAUGAUGAUGAUGAUGAUGAAUAUGAAGAUCUAUCAUCUGGUGAUGAAAAUGUUAAACAAAAUCUUUUACAACAGCAAUCGAAUGAUUCGAAAAAAUCACAAACAUCUAUCGAUCUACCAGAUGGCUGGGAAAGACAUGAAGAUGAAUUAGGUUCAUAUUUUUGGCAUAUACCAACUGGUACAAUACAACGUGAACGACCAUAUCUGAAUACCAUAGAUAAAUCAAUGAUACGUAGUGAUUCUUUGGUGUUUCUUGAUAAAUCAGCCAUCAACAUUGAUUAUAAUCCAGCCGAUUCAAUUGAAGAGAAUCCAGAUGGUGAAUCAAAAGAAACUGAAAAUCAUGAUGUUGCCGAUGAUGAUGAUCGGCAACAAACAAAAGCAUUGAUAAAUCGUAAAAAAAUUAUUGCCAAUAUGCAAUUAACAUUUCCAACAACCGAUGAUGAUGACGAUGAUGAUGAUGAUGAUGAUUCUACAUCGAUUGCAAAAGAAUUAUCCUUCAUUGUUCAUUCAUUAGGAUGGCUAGAUGUUGAUGAAUCGCAGAUAAAUUCUCAGACUGGAUCAAUGGUCAUAAAACGUUGUAUUUAUGAGCUAUCCACUCGAGCAGAGAAUGCUGCACGUUGUUGGGGCCCUAGUGAUACACAAUCAUUGAUUUUAAAAAUUAAUAAUGAACGUAUAUCAUUGCUGGAACCGAACACAUCGACAACAUUAACCGUACAGCUUAUACGUGAAAUACGUAUGUGGGCCGUAGAUGAUAAUAAUAAUUUUGCUUAUGUUGUUAAAGAUCGUAAAUCUGGUAAACCUGGCACAGUUAAAUGUCAUAUAUUUCAUUGUGAUGAUGAUCAACAACAACAACAACAACAACAAGAAAAUAAUUGUGGCACAACGCAAACACAACAACAACAACAACAAACGGCACAACGUUUAGCACUAUAUCUUAAGGAUGCAUUAGUACGAAUUAAAAAUCAUCAACAAAAUCGUAAUGAACGACGUCCAAAUGAUCUAUUGUUGAAAUCAAAUAACAAUAAUUCGAUAACAAUGAUGGAUAAUUUUGAAUUUCCAACACCAAUUGAAGAGCCAAAAAAAUGUAUUCAAGCAUUAUAUAUUGGUUUCAUACCAGUUACAAAACCAAUGGGUGUCGAUAUAUUGAAUAUGGCAAUUGAAGAAAUAAUAAAUUCAUUAAAAAUGUCAUUAACAAACGAAAAUCAUGAUGAAAUAGAAUUAAUGCGUCCAGUAUUGGUCAAUAUAUCGCCAUCAAAUAUUGUUGUUGAAUGUCAAGAAACCGGUGCCACUUUGGUUGAAUGUCGUGUUAGAUAUCUUUCAUUUUUAGGCAUCAGUCUUGAUAAUGUUAAACGUUGUGGUUUCAUAAUGCAAGUGAAUGAAAAAGAAUUUGUUUGCCAUUGUUUCCAGGUGGAACCUAGUGCCGGUGCACUUUGUAAAAUAAUUGAAGCAGCUUGUAAAUUACGUUAUCAAAAAUGUUUGGAUGCACAUUCGAAUAAACAACAACCAAAACAAAAUAAUAAUUCGGUAGCUACAUCAAAAUCAACAACAACAACGACGACAACAACAACAACAACAAAUUCAUCACCAGUUGCAGCAUUAAAAUCAUCGAUAUCGGGUGUAUUUUCAAAAAUUUUAAACAAAACAUCUACAGCUACUACUACAUCACAUCAAUAGCAACAAUGUUGAAUGUUUGCAUAAUUUUUUUUCAUCAUCACAUCAUUUCA